UAUGAUAUGAUACAAGUGACACUUUAAUAAAAUAAAUAAAUAAAUAAAUAUCCAAUGGAUGCACAAUGAUAUGUGAUCCAGUGUCCAAUGGAUGUACAAUGAUAUGUGACCCUGUGUCCAAUGGAUGCACAAUGAUAUGUGACCCAGUGUCCAAUGGAUGUACAAUGAUAUGUGACCCAGUGUCCAAUGUAUGUACAAUGAUAUGUGACCCAGUAGCCAAUGAAUGCACAAUGAUAUGUGACCCAGUAGCCAAUGAAUGCACAAUGAUAUGUGACCCAGUGUCCAAUAGAUGCACAAUGAUAUGUGACCCAGUGUCCAAUGGAUGCACAAUGAUAUGUGACCCUGUGUCCAAUGGAUGCACAAUGAUAUGUGACCAAAUGUCUAAUAGACUCGCAAUGAUACGUGGCACAAUAUCCAAUGGACUCACAAUGUAAAUGCUGCACACUUUGAGUGAAAUAAUCCUUUUUAUAAAUCCUAUAUGUGUAUAAUGCUGAAUCUCCUCUGCAGUAGGCUUGACUGGUCAAAUAGAGAGAUGUUCUGACAUGUUAGACUUGCAACUAUGCAGUGUUCCACUUUUAUCCUGGUCUUUAUCACUUUACACCCUUACAUCCAGACUUCAAUAUGUAUGUUCAUUCAUCCAUCAUUGCGUCACCAUAAGUAUCCUGAGAUGGCGAUGUGACUGAUUACUCACAAGUAUAAGCACAAUGACACCCUAAGUGCUAUGACA